UUCAGGACGUAUAUCAAACAUGGAAGUCCUGUGAAGAUGAUGGAAUGCUACAUUGCUGUUCUGACCAAAGGGAUAUGCCAGAGUGAUGAGAACGGCUCCUUCCUUAUCAAAGAUUAUGAUGUCAGGAAGGCCUACCUGGCUGGAUCCUUAAAAGAUGUUGUGUCACAAUUUGGUAUGGAGACUAUCAUCCUUUACACAGCACUAAUGUUGAAAAAAAGAGUAGUGGUCUAUCACCCACGGAUUGAGGCGCUGCUGGAGUUCACAAG